AUAUCAUUAGCUUGACCACCACUCAAUAGUAUGCAAAAUACUCUAUAAUUAUCCGAUUAAAUAAAAUUAUCUAAUAAUCUAUUUGACCAAACACUUUAUGUAUGCUUGUGCGACAGUUGCGAGGAACCGAGACAGGCUAUGCAUAUAGAAGCGAAAGAGAGUAUCUUGCUGCCAUAGUUUAAGACUACUAUUAUUCUCUUGCAAACUCUUGAAGAAUUGGGAUCACCCUAAUUUGUGUAUUAGCAUUUGCAAACAAAGAUGGGAUUUCAUGGUGAAAAGAGUCGACCUAGCAAGAAGCACAAAUCAUCCAAGGAUGAUCAUCAUCAUCAUCGAAGUAUGCCUGAAGAUGGGAAUGCUUACUUUAAUCAGGAUGAUAAUGAUGAUGAUCGUAAUCCUGACGGUGAGCCUAAAAGGACAGAUUUUACUAAGCUGGAACUCAAGCCUGAUCAUGGCAAUCGUCCCUUGUGGGCGUGUGCUGAUGGCCGCAUUUUUCUUGAAACUUUUUCGCCUUUGUACAAACAAGCUUAUGAUUUUCUCAUUGCAAUUGCUGAACCGGUAUGCAGGCCGGAAUCGAUGCACGAGUACAACUUGACUCCACACUCAUUGUAUGCUGCUGUUUCCGUUGGUCUGGAAACAGAAACGAUUAUAACAGUCUUAAAUAAGUUGUCCAAGACUAAGCUACCCAAAGAAAUGAUCGAAUUUAUUCAAGCGUCUACUGCCAAUUAUGGUAAAGUGAAGCUUGUGCUUAAGAAAAAUCGAUACUUUAUUGAAUCUCCAUUUCCAGAGGUAUUAAAGAAGUUACUCAAAGAUGAUGUCAUUGGGAAGGCAAGGAUUUCUACAGAGGCUGCUCAUGGGACAGAUGGAUUCACUGUCAGCAAAGCAUUGAGUGAGAUGGGAGGUGGACACGAUGAUUUGCUUAGUGAAGCUGAGUUGGCAGCUGUAGCUGAGGAGAAAGAAACUCAUGCAUUUGAAAUUGACCCUGCUCAGGUUGAAAAUGUUAAGCAACGAUGCUUGCCAAAUGAACUCAAUUAUCCAAUGUUGGAGGAAUACGAUUUCCGCAAUGAUACGGUCAACCCUGAUCUUGAUAUGGAACUGAAACCUCAUGCACAACCGCGACCUUACCAGGAGAAGAGUCUUAGUAAAAUGUUUGGGAAUGGUAGAGCAAGAUCUGGUAUCAUUGUUUUACCAUGUGGUGCUGGGAAGUCUCUCGUUGGUGUAUCUGCAGCUUGCCGUAUAAAGAAGAGCUGCCUUUGUCUAGCCACAAAUGCUGUGUCAGUGGACCAAUGGGCAUUCCAGUUUAAACUUUGGUCUACUAUAAAAGAUGAGCACAUAUGCCGUUUCACUUCUGAUAGUAAAGAGAGAUUUCGCGGAAAUGCUGGAGUAGUUGUGACAACAUAUAACAUGGUUGCUUUUGGAGGUAAGCGUUCUGAAGAAUCUGAGAAAAUUAUUGAAGAAAUUAGAAAUAGAGAAUGGGGUUUGCUGCUCAUGGAUGAGGUGCAUGUCGUGCCUGCUCACAUGUUUCGGAAAGUCAUCAGUAUUACAAAAUCACAUUGCAAGCUUGGACUUACUGCUACACUUGUAAGAGAAGAUGAGAGAAUCACUGAUCUGAACUUCCUUAUUGGUCCUAAAUUGUAUGAAGCUAACUGGUUGGAUUUGGUAAAAGGUGGUUUCAUUGCGAAUGUACAGUGUGCUGAGGUUUGGUGUCCAAUGACAAAGGAGUUUUUUGCUGAAUAUUUGAAGAAAGAAAAUUCCAAGAAAAAGCAGGCUUUAUACGUGAUGAACCCUAACAAGUUCCGAGCUUGUGAGUUUCUAAUUCAAUUUCACGAGCGGGAGCGUGGUGACAAAAUAAUUGUUUUUGCUGAUAAUCUUUUUGCUCUCACGGAGUAUGCCAUGAAGCUUAGAAAGCCUAUGAUUUAUGGUGCUACCAGCCAUGUUGAAAGGACUAAAAUUUUAGAGGCCUUCAAAACUGGGAAGGAUGUGAAUACUGUAUUUUUGUCAAAGGUUGGUGAUAACUCAAUAGAUAUACCUGAAGCAAAUGUGAUCAUCCAAAUUUCAUCACAUGCUGGUUCAAGGCGUCAAGAAGCUCAACGUCUUGGUCGUAUUCUUAGGGCAAAAGGUCGGCUUGAAGAUAGGAUGGCCGGAGGAAAGGAAGAGUAUAAUGCCUUCUUUUAUUCACUUGUUUCAACCGACACACAGGAGAUGUAUUACUCAACUAAAAGGCAACAGUUUUUGAUUGACCAAGGUUACAGUUUUAAGGUUAUAACUAGUCUGCCUCCUCCUGAUUGUGGGGCCGCACUUAGUUACCACACACUGCAGGAACAGUUGGAUCUCCUGAGGAAGGUGCUAAGUGCUGGGGAUGAUGCUGUUGGUCUAGAGCAGUUGGAAGAGGAUGCCGACGAGGUAGCCCUCAUGAAAGCACGUCGAACCAUGGGAUCGAUGAGCGCCAUGUCGGGUGCUAAUGGGAUGGUAUACAUGGAAUACAACACGGGACAAAAGAAACAAGGAAUGGCGCAGUUGAAGAAGAAGCCCAAAGAUCCAUCCAAGCGCCAUUAUCUUUUCAAAAAGCGACAUACGUAGGCAUCACUAUUUUGAAGCCUUCGAACAGUUGAGCAUCUCCAAGGAUCUCAUGCAUUUAUCUAAGCUGGAGUGCAUAAGCCUUCAAAGUUCGAACAAUAUCUUUUUCAUACAAGUUUCAACGCGAAUGUUCUGUUCCUGUUUCAUAAUGUGAACGUGCCUUCUACUGUCCAUGUGCUCCUGAAAUUUAUAGGUUUAUGCCUAUGUUACAAACCUGUUCGAAGCCAUGACUCGAGCGAUGAGCCAAACGAGAAGUAUCUUUGACAUUCAAUAGUUUGUAUACCAUAUAUCUUGUGGCUGUUUCAAAAUGGUCUAAGAAGCUGCUACCCAUAUUUCCUACCCCCCGCCCCCCCAUCUCUCAAAAUUUUCAAUACUGUUGUAAAAUGGCAAUGAAGUUUUACUGGCAGACUGUUUCAAAAGUAAUGGAACAAGGUGCUUGUGACU